AUGUCUGUGGACGCUGUGCUGACCAUGUUGCAGUCCGCGACGGAGAUGUGCAACUUCCUCUCAGACGUGCUUCGCGCAGUACUCAGUAGCGAAGAGGCGCCGCCCCGGACCAAGGGGCUCUUCCUGGAAGCGAUCCCACCGCUGCUGCUGAAGGCCGAGGUCCGCUCGCUGGCGGGGGGGGAGCGCCUUCCCGGCGCCUCGGCGGCGGAAGCGGCGGUGCGGGACAUGGUGACCACCUACUUCCCGCUGAACUCCCGAGAGUACCAGCGCUCCGCGGACGAGUACUCCACCUACUUGGUGCUGCUGGAAGGUCUCUUCCACGCGCUGGAGAGGAGCGCGCCUUCCAUGCGGCUCUUGCCUGCCUUGCACAGCACGCUGCGCGUCCAGGACCAUAGGGAGUCCAUGCGGCUCCGGGAGUUUGCGAAGCGCUUUGUGCGGCAUGUGCUGGGCGCAGACCGGCCGAAGACGCAGGCGCUGGCAACCUUCGGCGCCCUGCUCCACGUGUUUUUGGACGAGACCUUGGACGACAGGCUCUCAGACAACACCCGCUUCGCGGUGAUGGAGAAGCUGGCGCUGCCGCUGCUGUGGGAGCUCGCGGCCUCUACGAACUGCAAGGACUGCUGGGUGGACUUUUGGCCGCUCCUGCUGCAGCGGGCCGAUCCCGACGUCAGCUUCGCCAAUCUUCGGAUGAGGGAUGUGCAAGCGUUGAACCUCAAGGUGCAGGAGAUGGCGUGCAUCUACGGUAUGAUCGAGAUUCUGUUUGUGCGCACCUCCGGGGAAGUGCUAAAGGAGCAGAUCGUGCCUGCCUUGGGCAGCAGCCCCUCCAGGGAUAUCAUCCUCAUUGCCAAGCGCGCCUUGCGGAAGCCCACUGGCUGGGAGCGUGUGGACCUGGGCACCUUGCGGCGCUGCCAGCUGCGGAUCUAUGCGGCGCUGUCGGCGGUGGUCUGCGCCACGCAGACCAAGCAGGAGAUGUACUCGGGCUGGCUGUUUGAGAAGGUGGUGUGGGACGAGACCAUGCUGGAGCCCUGGGAGGUGAAGAAGCCGGACCUGUCCUCUUUGACCCCAGAUACCAGCUACAACUCCUUCCAGCGCCAGGGCUAUUCCUUCGCUUAUUUGGCGGCCGCGCUGCCCGGGCGCGGCAAUGCGCGCCGAGCCGAGCAGGCGAGGGCGGAGGAGUCGACGCUGCUGGGGGCCAAUCUGUGGGCGGCGACCCCGGCCUUCACGCAGGCCACCCUGGGCACCGUGGGCUUCGGCGGCGAGGGCACUCAGCGCGCGCUGGGGCCCCUGGGGCGCGCGGCAGCUUCCAAGGCGAGCCAAGAGCUCACCAUCAUGCUGCCAGAGAAGCAGCGCCGGAAAGUGGCCGCGGCGACCAGGGGCACUGCCUCGCAGGUCAUGAGCCUUGUGGUCACCGGCUCCACAGAUGUCUUCAGCGGGGAGGGGGUGCCACUGCCUCCGGGGGAGGAGGGGGCCGCGAUGAGGCUGCAAGCAUUGCUGGCGGGCCGGCGGGAGGAUGAGAAGGGCACCUGGCAAAGCGAAUGGAUGGAGCAUGACGAGAAGCUCUUCCCAGAAGGGCCAUCCAACGACCACGCCAUGGCGCUAUUUCUGGUCCUGCUGCGCACCAUGGAUGUGUUGCUGGAGCGCUUUGGUCUUCACGGUUGGCUGCAGUCUCUCUUGGCCAUCGCCAACAAGCCCUCCGCGGAUUUCCGGCUGCGCCUCGUGCUACUACGAGUCCUUGUCCACAGGGCGGAGGCACUGGAGCAGCUGCUGCUGGGCCGGUCCGUGGAGGUCUUCCGUUUCGUGGCCUCCGUGCUGCUGGACCCCCGCCUGUGCGCGGAGAAGCGCUUCCACUACUUGGCGCGGGACGCGGUCUCCACCCUCCUGGUGCCGAAGUUGGGCCAGGAGGAAACGCAGGCGCUGGCGCUGCCAAGGGACUGCAUGGUGGAUGCAGAGCGGCUGCUGCAUCAGCUGCAGACCACGGCUCCGCACAAGUCCACCUACUGGCAGAAGGCGCACCUGGGCAUCCUCCGGCUUUUUGCUGCGCAUUACCUCAGGCCCGGCUGCCCCAUUCAGCCGGACGGGAGGGUCCUACUGCGGCAGCUCACGGCCAAGAACCGGGAGAUCGCCAUAGUGCUGCAGCAAAGCGGCCUACGGCAGCUGGUGAUCUUCCUGGAGUAUGCAGGCUUCAACCCCAUCGCUCCAGGUGGAUUGGAAGGCGGAACAGAGGCUCAGUGGAAGGAGGCGCUGCUGAGCUGCGUCUUGGCCAAGGACCUGCAGCUGGCGGCCUACGCGUGCGGGGCUGUGGCCCUGCUGGCAAAGUGGCACCCGGCCACAGGCCGAGAAAUUCUGCAGGAGUGCUGUGCCCUUGUGGAGUCUCCCCCCAUCCAGGCGCGGCUGCAGGACCGCAGCGAGGGCCUGCGCCUGGCGCUGUGUGCAGAGCAGCUGCUGGUGAUGUGCCCCUGGGCCUUGUCAGAUGCCCCGGAGGAGCUGAACGCGAUGGAUGAGUUGGGCCCGAGGAGGAAGCUCUUUGCCCGCGUGCUGCAACGGCUGCCCAGCUCCAAUGUCAAGGCUUUGAAGGCUCUCCUCUGCGGGUUGCUGGAAAUGUGCCGCGAUUGUGUUCAGCCGGAUGAAUCCGGUGUGACCAUGGGAGACUUCGAUGCCAGGCGCCGGCCCCCUCGGCCCACGGGAGACGCCCACCGGGCGAUGCGCCAGGGCCCUUAG